AUGGAUAUUGUCCUAAGAGCUUCCUUCAUUUUCGUUCUUGCGCAAUUCUGCGUAGGGUUUAACAUUACCCUACCAUCCCCGCUAUCUAUUGGUGUUCCCCAAGCCUUCAAUUACACAUGGAGUCUUACGGACACACAGAACAGUCCGUUAGGAACAUUUGUCGCGAUGCUCAUUCAACCGCCAGAGGGUUUUAACUGCCAUGACCUUGAGACGGGAGGAGACAGUCUGAUUAAAAUCGUAGAGAGCUUUGCUACCGUCCAAGUUCCUGGUCCUGCAUUCCCGUCAUCCGAGGGGAAGUUUUUUCUUACCCCAGGCAAGGAAGGGAAACAUGUUGUCUGCACGCAUGGAAGUCUCCCAGCAAACCUGCUGAAUGCGCCGCUCAGUGACAUCUUCAAAGGUUUCAAAAAUUUAAACUUGCUUGAUCAAUCAAACCCAUUCAACGUUUCCUCGCCCACAUCUGCAAAUUCUACUUCCACUAGUGUCUCCGCCGUAUCAUCCUCUCCAAAUCCUUCCAAAGAUCCGGACAACGGUGGCCAGAAUGAUGGCCACGAUGAUGGCAAAGGUCGAGGCAAUCAUCAUGGCAGUGGCAAGACAGCGGGAAUUGUAGGAGGUGUCCUAGGAGCCGUAGCGCUCAUUUUCAUAAUCCUCGCCAUCUUCCUCUACCGGCGCCUCAGAUACCAGCGAAAACUCAAUCAAUUCCACAAAGAACACAUGCUUCUCCAACAACAACCUCCAUCAACGUUUCUUUCAUCCACCAUUCCCGUACAGCGCGUUACUUCUUCUCCAAUCCCCGGGAUCCUUGCGCCUCUGUCUCCUAUAUCGACUAUGAACCGGCGGUCAGAUAUUCCAAUGGGAUUUGAAGAGACUAUGUUGACGCAGAAGGGUCCCUAUCAGUUCUCUUCUGAUGAUCAUUUAGCUCGCCCUUCUCCGCCAUCGUAUUCUGUUGCCCUUCCGAAUAAAGCUCUGCCGAUGUUUCCAACACAGCAUCAUACUCCAGAUUGA